AUGCUGUCUGUCUAUCCAUCAGAGAUCCAGUACCAGCAACACCUCAACCACUCUCCCAUCCGCCCCAUGCCUCACCGCCAGCCAGACGUCUCGCUGGGCUAUGCCAGUAUGAGUGCCAGCCGUGCCUCUAAGGCGGCCGUUGCCCAACAGCACCAAGCCCAGCAAGAUGCUGCGGUUGCCCAGGCCCUCGAAAUUGCUCGAGAAAGUCCCGACGGCGCCUCAGAUCCAACCGUCAGCACGAUUCUCGAGCAGGCUCUGCAGCAGAUCUGGCGCAAGGUCGAAUCCCAGCCCGACUCUUACAUCAUGUCACGCGACGAAUUUGCCGUCUUCAACUUCUUCCAGCACCGCUUCAACGGCAACAAGAUGGCCGUCACAGCGCGCAAGCGAUACUGGGACCAUACCAGAGUCGAGUGCUGA